AUGUCUGGCCGCUCAGCAGCUGUGGAGACUUUCCUGGACUCUGUAUUUGGUGCUAGUGGUGGUGGUAGUAGUAAGAAAGCUCAGGCGAGGAAAACUAAGGGGAAAAAACGGAAGAGUAGCGCGUCGAAGAAGUCAGCCAGUUCGCCCUCAACGUCGUCAGUGCUGCCCGAGGACCACGCUUCGUCAGCAUCAGGACAGGAUCUUAUCUAUUCUACCAUGGAUGGUGACAGGCUCAUGGACUUCGAACCUGAAGUGGCGGUGCCUAGAGUGAUGAAGUGUGCGGGGGUCUAUGCUGGGCUGGGUGAUGAGGACGUGGCUUUCACGAAGAUACGAGAACAGUAUAACCGUCAGAUAGCCAGCAAGCCGGUGCCGUUAGAUGCCGGUAUGGCUAAAGUCGCUGGGCCGAAGCGUGAGGAUUUGGGACCGUUGUUGAGCAGGAAAGCUGUGAAGCUUAUUGGCAUCGAUGAUAGGAAACGUGGAGGGAAGCCAAGCAUGAUGGCAGGAGUGGAUCCGCGCCCCAGAUUUUCUUUCUGA